AUGGCCAACGACGAGUAUGAUUUCCUCUUCAAAGUGGUGCUGAUUGGAGACUCCGGCGUCGGAAAGUCCAAUCUGUUGAGUCGAUUCACGCGAAACGAGUUCAACCUGGACUCCAAGUCGACGAUCGGUGUCGAGUUCGCUACCCGUUCUAUUCAAGUCGAUUCCAAGACAAUCAAGGCACAGAUCUGGGAUACUGCCGGCCAGGAGCGCUACCGCGCCAUCACCUCCGCAUACUAUCGUGGCGCUGUCGGCGCCCUGCUCGUAUAUGACAUCAGCAAGCACCAGACCUACGAGAAUGUCACAAGAUGGCUUAAGGAGCUACGAGCCCACGCCGACGCCAACAUCGUUAUCAUGCUAGUUGGCAACAAGAGCGAUCUGCGGCACCUGCGCGCUGUCCCCACUGACGAGGCCAAGGCCUUUGCCAGCGAGAACCACCUAUCUUUUAUAGAAACCUCAGCUCUAGAUGCCAGCAACGUCGAACUUGCUUUCCAGAACAUCUUGACAGAGAUCUACCGAAUUGUUUCUAGCAAAGCGCUCGACAGUGGCGACGGUGCGUCGCCCCCGAUGGCAGCAGGAACCAGCAUUUCGCUGAGCAAGUCGGCGGACGACUCGGCUAAGCAGGGAGGAAAGUGUUGUUAG